CCGCAACCCUGUGGGACACCGUCAGGCACCAGCGUAACCCGGAUGGAGGAAAGGGGAAGCGUCUCCAGGAGACGCCGGGUGUUCUACCCCUUGAAGAGGGGCGGUGGCAAGAGCCGCCGCGGUUGUUGCUGGUAUCGGCGGCGGUCCCUUCGGGCGCGGCGGUAUCAUGGAGCACAUCCGCACCACGAAGGUUGAACAGGUGAAAUUAUUAGACCGCUUCAGCACCAGUAUCAAGUCACAAACAGGAACUCUUUAUCUCACGGCAACUCAUCUGUUGUUUAUUGAUUCUAGCCAGAAGGAAACAUGGAUACUGCACCAUCAUAUUGCUGCUGUGGAAAAACUUGCCUUGACUACUUCUGGCUGCCCCCUAGUGAUCCAGUGCAAGAACUUCAGGGUAGUUCACUUCAUUGUUCCCAGAGAAAGGGAUUGUCAUGAUAUUUAUAACUCCUUGCUUCAGCUUUCAAGGCCAGCAAGAUACGAUGAGCUGUAUGCAUUCUCAUACAACCCGAAGCAGAAUGAAGUGGAGAGGGUGCAAGGGUGGCAGAUCAUUGAUCUGGCAGAGGAAUACAAUCGGAUGGGCGUGCCAAACUCUGACUGGCAUUUAUCAGAUGCAAACCGUGAUUAUAAG